AUGGCUCCCGGCAACCACACGGGGAGUCGAGGUCGACUUAGUGGCAGUGGGCCCCACGUGUGUGUCGAGCGGGAGCUGACCCUGGUGGGCCGCCGCCAGCCCUGUGUGCAAGCCUUCAGCCGCACUGUGCCCGUGUGGACGCCAGGCUGCGGGCCGCAGAGGUGGUGCGUCAGCCACGUGAGGAGAACCUUCUACUACACGACCUACAGGCAGGUGUACGCCACAGAGGCCCGGACGCUGCUCAGGUGCUGCCCCGGGUGGACCCAGCAGCCUGGUGACAAGGGCUGCCUCUCCCAUGUGGACGAGUGUGAGGUUGCUAAUGGGGGCUGCCAGAGUCACUGCUGCAACACGGUGGGGGGCUUCUACUGCCGGUGCCCCCCCGGCCACCAGCUGCAGGGGGACGGCAAGACCUGCCAAGAUGUGGACGAGUGCCAGGUGCACAAUGGUGGCUGCCAGCACAGGUGUGUGAAUACCCCAGGCUCCUACCUCUGUGAGUGCAGCCCCGGCUUCCGGCUCCACACGGAUGGCAGGACCUGCCUGGCCAUCAACUCCUGUGCCCUGGGCAACGGCGGCUGCCAGCACGACUGUGUCCAGCUUACGCCCUCGCGGCACCGCUGCCAGUGCCGGCCCGAGUUCCAGCUCCAGGAGGACGGCAAGCGCUGUGUCCGGAGAAGCCCGUGUGCCAACCGAAAUGGCGGCUGCAUGCACACGUGCCAGGCUCGCCGAGGCCUCGCCCACUGCCAGUGCCACGCUGGCUACUGGCUGGCUGAGGACCGAAAGUCCUGUGAAGAUGUGGACGAGUGUGCUACUGGGCAAGCCCAGUGUGCCCAUGGCUGCCUCAACACUCGCGGCUCCUUCAAGUGUGUGUGUCAUGCGGGCUACGAGCUGGGUGCUGACGGCCGGCAGUGCUACCGCAUCGAGAUGGAGAUUGUCAACAGCUGUGAGGCCAACAAUGGCGGCUGCUCCCACGGCUGCAGCCACAGCAGUGGGGGCCCCCUGUGCACCUGCCCCCACGGCUAUAAGCUGGACAUAGACCAGAGGACCUGCGUCGACGUGGACGACUGUGUGGACUCCCCCUGCUGCCAGCAGGCUUGCACCAACACCCCCGGAGGCUACGAGUGCGGUUGCUAUGCGGGCUACCGGCUGAGUGUCGAUGGCUGCGGCUGCGAGGAUGUGGACGAGUGUGCCUCGAGCCGUGGCGGGUGUGAACAACACUGCACCAACCUGGCGGGCUCCUUCCAGUGUUCCUGCUCUGCGGGCUUCCGGCUGCUGGAGGACCGCAGGGGCUGUGUCUGUGAGUCCCCCCCAGCCCCUGUUGCGGGUCUGUCUAUGUCCCUGGGCUCUGCCCGCCCUUCCGGACGAGCCCCCUGCCUUCCUUCCGCCAAGCAUUGGGUGGGGGCCUCUGGGGGCCUCUGCCACACCCCUCCCACUGGGUCUGGCCGCGGAGCGGUCUGCCUGGACGACUCCUUCGGCCACGACUGCAGCCUGACUUGUGAGGACUGCAGCAACGGGGGGACCUGCCUGCCCGGCCUUGAUGGCUGUGACUGCCCCGAGGGCUGGACCGGACUUAUCUGCAACCAGACGUGUCCUCCAGACACCUUUGGGAAGAACUGCAGCUCCUCCUGUGGCUGUCAGAACGGCGGGACCUGUGACCCCAUGACAGGGGCCUGCCGCUGUCCCCCAGGUGUCAGUGGAACCCACUGUGAGGAUGGCUGCCCCAAGGGUUUCUAUGGCAAGCAGUGUCGAAAGAAGUGCCAUUGUGCCAACCGAGGCCGGUGCCACCGCGUCUAUGGGGCCUGCCUCUGCGACCCAGGGCUCUAUGGCCGCCUGUGCCACCUGGCCUGUCCCCCGUGGGCCUUUGGACCGGGCUGCUCUGAAGAGUGCCGCUGUGAGCAACAGAACACGCGGGCGUGCGACCGCAGGGACGGCAGCUGCGUGUGCAAGCCCGGCUUCCAGGGGGAGCACUGCCAGCACGAGUGCCCACCAGGCUUCUUCGGCCUGGGGUGCCGGCAGGAAUGCACCUGCCCUCCAGGUGUGGCCUGUGACCCUUCGAGCGGCGAGUGCCAGAAGCAGUGUCCUGCCGGCUUUCAGGGCAAGGACUGUGAUCAAGAGUGCCCAGGGGGGACGUUCGGCGAGAACUGCUCCAACCAGUGCUCCUGCGGGGGCGCCCCCUGCGACCAGGUCACGGGGCAAUGCCUGUGUCCACCAGGCAGGAAUGGGGACGACUGUGAGGCAGAGUGUCCCGAGGGCCGCUGGGGACUCGGUUGCCAGCAGAUCUGCCCUACGUGUGACCACGGUGCCAGCUGCGACCCAGAGACAGGAAGCUGCCUGUGCCCACCUGGCUACAUGGGCAGCCACUGCCAGGAUGCAUGUCCAGCAGGCUGGUUCGGCCUUGGCUGCCAGGCCAGGUGCUCCUGUGCCAACUCGGGCCACUGCCACCCUGUGACCGGGCAGUGCAGCUGCGCCCCGGGGUGGACGGGCCUGGACUGUCGUAGAGCCUGCGACGGGGGGCACUGGGGGCCCGACUGCAUGCACCCCUGUAACUGCACCGCGGGGCAAGGGAGCUGCGAGGCGGCCAGCGGGCACUGCCUGUGUGAGGCCGGCUACACAGGCCCACGCUGCGAGCACUGGUGUCCCCAGGGCCACUUUGGGCCAGGCUGUGGACAGCAGUGCCAGUGUGAGCAUGGCGGAGCCUGUGAUCAUGUCAGUGGGGCCUGUACCUGCACGGCUGGCUGGAGGGGGGCCUUCUGCGAGCGAGCUUGCCCGGCUGGCUUCUAUGGCGUGGACUGUCUGGGGGCCUGUGACUGUGCCCACGGAGCCCCCUGCGACGCUGUGAGCGGGGUCUGUGUCUGCCCGGCUGGCUGGCAUGGCCCCCGCUGUGACCAUGCCUGCCCAGCCCACACCUACGGGCUCAACUGCAGCCAGGGCUGUGCCUGCGCCAACGGGGCGUCCUGUGACCCGGUGCUCGGGGGAUGUCGUUGCACCCCAGGCUGGAUGGGACCCACCUGCCUGCAGGCCUGCCCGUCGGGCCUGUAUGGCCAGGACUGCCAGUAUCCCUGCAUCUGUCGGAACGGAGGCACCUGUGACCCUGUCUCUGGCCACUGUUCCUGCCCCAAGGGUUGGGCCGGCUCGGCCUGUGAGCGGGAAUGUCGCCCUGGGCACAUGGAGGACGGCUGCAUGCAACCCUGUGACUGUCUUCAUGGGGGGCUCUGUGACCCUCACACGGGCGCCUGCCACUGCCCGGCCGGCUGGGCCGGGGACAAGUGCCAGAGCCCCUGUGCCCAGGGCACCUUCGGACCCAGCUGUCAGGAGCGAUGUGUCUGCCGGCGGGGUGCCCCCUGUCACCAUGUCACUGGCACCUGCCUCUGCCCCCCAGGAUGGAGGGGUGGGAGGUGUGAGAGCGCCUGCCCACCUGGCUGGUUUGGAGAGGCCUGUGGCCAGCGCUGCCACUGCCCGCAGGGCACCUCCUGCCACCACGUCACGGGGGAGUGUGGCUGUCCCCCUGGCUUCAUGGGGCCUGGCUGUGAGCAGGACUGCCCACCUGGAACUUUCGGAAAGGACUGUGCCCAGGGGUGCCAAUGUCCCAGCGAGAACCAGUCCUGUCUCCCUGCCACGGGGGCCUGUGUGUGUGCUGCGGGGUACCACGGCAGCGGCUGCCAGCAGCGCUGUCCCCCUGGGCAGUUCGGGCCAGGCUGUGAGCAGCAGUGUGUGUGCCACAACGGGGGCUCCUGUGACCCGGCCACAGGGGCCUGCCACUGCCCCGCUGGCUUCCUGGGGGCCGACUGCAGCCUCACCUGCCCACAGGGCCACUGGGGCCCCGGCUGUGCCCAUGUGUGCAACUGUGGAGAGGGCACGGCCUGUGACCCCCUGACUGGCGCCUGCACCUGCCCCCCAGGGCGAACUGGCACCCACUGUGAGCACAGCUGCCCUCACGGCCAGUUUGGCUCGGGCUGUGAGGGCGUGUGCCCCUGCAGAAAUGGGGGGCAAUGCCACGCCGUCAAUGGCAGCUGCACCUGUGGCCUGGGCUGGACAGGCCUGCACUGUGAACAGGCCUGUCCGCCUGGGCGUUACGGGGCCGCCUGCCGCCUGGAGUGUACCUGUCUCAAUGACGCGGCCUGCGAGCCCGCUACGGGGGCCUGCCACUGCCGCCCCGGCUUCUACGGCCCGUCCUGCGAGCACCCCUGUCCCUCUGGCUUCCACGGGGCCGGCUGCCGGGGGACCUGCCAAUGUCAGCAUGGAGCCCCCUGCCACCCUACUACCGGCCUGUGCCUCUGCCCCGCUGGCUUUCAGGGCCAGUCCUGUCAGCUAGGGUGUAAGCCUGGCUUCUUCGGACAUGGCUGCCGGCAGAAGUGCGCCUGUGAGGGAGGGGCGCCCUGUGACCUGGCCACUGGCCUCUGCCUCUGCCCCCCGGGGCGUACGGGAGCCACCUGUGACCUCGCUUGCACUGCAGGGCGCUUUGGGCCUGGCUGUGCCCUGCGCUGUGAUUGUGGGGGCGGGGCCGACUGUGAUCCUGUCAGCGGGCAGUGCCACUGCGUGGAUGGCUACAUGGGGCCCAGGUGCCGGGAAGGUGGGCCGACCCAGCCCCUGGAGAGCUCCUCUCCAGUCCUGAGCUCAGCAGCCACACGUCUGGCCGUCCAUAGCCCAGGAUCCAGGCACGGCGGCGAUCGAGUAGUUCCAAGCAGCAGUGGCCGAGGCCCCGCCCCUCCACAUCUGGCCAAGGGGCUCAGGGGUUCUGGUGAAAGCUGAGGGGCUCCAAGGACCCCUGGACUCCAGCCCCACCCUUGGGGGCACGUGAACCUUCUCUCCGGAGGACUGUGGACAGACGCAGUGCCUGCUCCGAGGAGAGGAGGGAGGCCUGCCCGGCCCGGCCUGGAUCCUGCAAGUGGACAGGCCUCUGGCUGGCCCAGGUGCCCAGCACGUGGAGCUGAGGAUGCCUGGCUCCGCCCCUGUCUGCCUGGCCCCACCUGGACCAGGACUGAGGGCAGCUAAGGGAGCAGGUGCGGCCCUGCCUUCAGAGCAGGAGCAGCUGGUGCUAGGCUCGGGACUGCCACAGCUCAGCCCACCCUGUAUUUAUGUCAAGGUAUUUAUGGGCAGCGGUACCUGCCCUCCACGCCCCUGCAAGACUGCCCAGCCCCCUGGCCCAGCCCAGGAAGCCUUGACUCAGGACUGCAGGGCCUGGGGGUCACUAGGUGAUGUCAUGGCCAUCAUGUGAGACCCACUAUGCUAGAGAGACAACAGUGUCCUUCCGGCCUGUGUGUUUGCUGAUGACAGGGCCAAGCCAGAGUUCAGGCCCUGCCCCUCCGGGGUGUGGGGUACACAGUAAAACUGAAACUAUGCCCA